AUGUCGACGUUAAUCUCUCCAGAUCACUUCAUACUUCCUGACCUCGUUUCCGACUGCACCUAUCCUCUGCGCGUCAACGACAACUGUGAAGAAGUGGCGCGCGUCUCGGAACAGUGGCUACUCGACAUGGCGAAUCACAGCGAGCGCAAACGCCGUGCUUUUCUUGGGCUCAAGGCAGGCGAGUUGACGGCAGCUUGUUAUCCCGACGCCGACGCAUUUCACCUCCGCGUAUGCGUGGACUUCAUGAACUAUUUGUUCAACCUCGAUGAUUGGCUCGAUGAAUUCGAUGUAGAGGGAACCCGUGGAAUGCAUGACUGCUGUAUUGGUGCGAUGCGCGACCCGCUAAAUUUCGAGACGGAUAAGCGCGCGGGUAUUAUGACGAAGUCAUUCUUCAGCCGAUUUAUCGAAACCGGCGGCCCUGGGUGUACAGAACGCUUCAUUCACACUAUGGAUCUCUUUUUCAAGGCUGUUGCCGUUCAAGCGGCUGAUCGCGAGAAGGAUGUCAUUCCUGACUUCGAGUCUUACAUCACCAUUCGUCGAGAUACGAGUGGCUGUAAACCUUGCUUCGCCCUUAUUGAAUACGCCUCUCGAAUCGACCUUCCUGAUGAGGUAGCUGAGCAUCCGUUGAUUCGCUCCAUGGAAGAAGCGACGAAUGACCUAGUGACAUGGUCAAACGAUUUGUUCUCUUACAACGUCGAGCAAUCGAGAGGAGAUACACACAACAUGAUUCCGGUCAUUAUGCACCAACGUGACCUGAAUCUCCAAGAAGCAGUGGAAUAUGUCGGAGCUCUAUGCAAAUCAAGCAUCCAGAGGUUCGAAACCGAUCGCAAGAACCUCCCAACAUGGGGUCCCGAAAUUGAUCGGGACGUGGCAGUUUAUGUCGAAGGACUCCAAAACUGGAUCGUCGGUUCUCUGCAUUGGUCUUUCGAUUCUGAGCGCUACUUUGGUACCUCCGGUCUUGAAGUCAAGCAACAGCGCAUAGUCAAGCUCCUUCCAAAAGUUUCAUCAUGA